AUGUCUAGCUAUACCAGCAGUCUUACGGGUCGCGAGCGAUCAAGAUGGCCGCCGCUGACACGCAUGCUCAUGUCUGGCGAGAUGUCGGAUGAAAAAGGCCGGGAGUUGACGAGAAAGGAAAAGUUUGAUGUGUGGAUGGUCAACGAGGGUUACCGGAGAUUCUUCGUUUUCACAUUUGUCAUAUUACACAUCAUGGUCUUCACCUUUGGAAUGAUGAAUUACGGGUUCAAAGACAACUCGAUGAACGCAAGAGCCCUCUUCGGCGCAACAUUCCCCAUUGCUCGUUCAGCUGCUCUGGUCCUCCAUGUCGACGUAGCAUUCAUCCUGUUCCCCGUAUGCAGAAAUCUCAUUUCCAUGGCCCGACGCACACCUUUAAACGACAUCAUUCCUUUCGACAAAAACAUCACCUUCCAUAAGCUGGUUGCCUGGUCCAUUGUCUUCUUCUCCUGGGUCCACACGAUUGCGCACUGGAACAAUCUCGCCAGAUUCUCCGCCGCCAACAACCUCGGAUUCAUGGGCUUCAUCUUGGCCAAUCUUGCCACGGGCCCAGGAUGGAGUGGCUACGUGAUGCUGCUCGCGCUCAUGGCCAUUGCGCUUACCGCGGCGGAAAAGGCGCGACGAGCCAACUUUGAGCGCUUCUGGUACACGCACCACUUCUUCAUCAUCUUCUUCCUCUUCUGGUCCAUCCACGGCGCUUUCUGCAUGAUCACACCCGACUUUGCGCCACUCUGCGACGGUAUUGGCGUUUUCUGGGAGUACUGGAUGUACGGAGGAUUUGCCUAUCUGGCCGAGCGCAUUUCGCGUGAAAUUCGGGGACGACACAAGACCUAUAUUUCCAAGGUCAUCCAGCAUCCCAGCAAUGUGUGCGAGGUGCAGAUUAAAAAGGAGCACACAAAGACCCGAGCUGGACAGUACAUUUUUCUGUGUUGCCCAGAGGUCUCGAUCUGGCAGUACCAUCCUUUUACGCUGACCAGCGCGCCCGAGGAGGACUACAUUUCCGUACACAUUCGCAUGGUCGGUAACUUCACCAAGGCGUUUGGACAAGCGCUCGGCUGCAACGUCGACAAGAAGCCUGGUGGCGAGAAAGGCGAAAAAGGUGGAGCCAGUGAGGAAAUUGCACUCCGUCAGAUCCUACCUCGAGUCUACAUUGACGGACCUUUUGGCUCCGCCUCCGAGGAUGUGUUCAAGUUCGAAGUUGCCGUCCUCGUUGGUGCUGGAAUCGGUGUCACGCCCUUUGCCUCCAUCUUGAAGAGUAUCUGGUACCGGAUGAACUACCCUCAAUCACGCACACGAUUGCGAAAAGUCUACUUCUUCUGGGUCUGCAGAGACUUUGGAUCCUUCGAAUGGUUCAGGUCCUUGCUCCUAGCCAUUGAAGCGCAGGACACCGAAGACCACAUUGAGAUUCACACUUACCUCACCGCAAAGAUCAAAGCAGACGACGCAACCAACAUCAUGAUCAACGAUGCCAACGCCGAACAAGACGCCAUCACCGGUCUCCGCGCGCCCACAAACUUCGGCCGUCCAAACUGGGACAUGAUUUUCAAGUCCAUCCGCAAGAUCCACAGUCCCGCCGAAGCUGGAGUCUUCUUUUGCGGCCCCAAGGGUCUCGGCUCAACACUGCAUAUUAAGUGUAACAAGUACUCCGAGCCUGGCUUUAACUUUGUGUGGGGCAAGGAGAAUUUCUAG